AUGCUUGGGAAUGUGCUAGCACGAAAGCGAGGCCGCAGAAAGAAGAGGAAUUCUCUGACACCUCAGAUUGAACAUUAUGCUUCUCCGUGUAAACAAGAAGCACACCCGUCUGACGAUGUGAAACCAUGCCAAAAUGUCCAAAACCGUCGAAAUAAUUCGAGAAGAGCCGUACAAGAUGUGUCGAACCACAAGAUCACCGAGUUUUUCCCUGUGAGGAGAAGUUCUCGAAAGACUGGGAAACAACUCGAGGAAGAAGAGAAGGGUGCCUUACGUGAUGCUAUAUAUAAUAUGACGAACGAAACCUUAGUCGAAGUUUAUAUGGACGAGAAGAAGGGGCGUGGCAUCAGAGCAGGCAAAUCUUUCGUGAAAAACGAGUUUGUCAUUGAAUACAAAGGGGACAUGAUGGAUUACGCAUCGGCGAAGGUCCGUGAAGAGGAAUAUGCUAAGGAUCCAUCCAUUGGUUCAUAUAUGUACUUCUUCAAACGCAAAAGCAAGAGGUGGUGUGUGGUGGAAUUCGAAGAUGGUCUCCACCUUAUUCUUGUAGCGAAACGUGACAUUGACGAGGCUGAGGAGCUUCUGUACGAUUAUGGCGAUCGCACGCCGGAAACAGUGGCCAGAAAUCCUUGGCUUGUAAAUUCGUAG